UCCUAGGUAUCAAUUAUGUUAACAGCACCUGAACUUGUCUCAAACUCUUUGCAACCCUGUUUUCCAGGAACUCGAAUCAUUUAUGAUCGAAAGUUUCUGUUGGAUCGUCGCAAUUCUCCCAUGGCUCAGACCCCGCCUUGCCAUCUGCCCAAUAUUCCUGGAGUCACUAGCCCUAGCACCCUAAUUGAAGACUCCAAAGUAGAAGUGAACAACUUGAACAACUUGAACAGCCAUGACAGGAAGCAUGCAGUUGGGGAGGACGCUCAGUUUGAAAUGGACAUCUGACCAUUCUGCACGGAACAGAAAAGCAGCCCUGCGUGUCCCUGAUUUGGCCAAUAGCAUCAACAAUGAGAAGACGGAAGUGGCGGUACCAGCAGUUGCCUCCUCCUCUGGGUGCCAACUGAUGCCAAGAAGAGUUUCGUCUGAUCAUUUCCUCUCCCUGUUUCCCAAUCCCCCCUCCCCGGUGAGACAGGUUUGCAGGGAAGACCCUUAGCAUAUUUUUGUAGAACUAAGCCACCUCACAGGAAAACAGCAAAUCCAGCUUCCCUGGUCAGUAUUCUGUCGAGACCAAAACCCAAAAAGUCCUAAGUCAAAUAUGGACCCACCAAUAGCCACCUGACUGGGAAAUCUGGGAAGAAGAUCCAGGGGUUUGACGGGUUCACUUUGUUCAUGUGUCUGACCCUUAGGGGAAGAGAAUCAGAGCUGCUUUCCCUUUGACCUAAGGUUGCAGGUCCUUAGGGACAGGUCAUGGUUUGUGGCCCUCAGGCAUGGUGUGGAGGCUGCCACCCCCCACGCCCGUCUGUGGUGUUCUUCUUCCUUGUCCUUAACUUAGUACAUUUGUCUGAAAUGGUAUCAGAGAGGGACCCUCAGUGACCAGCUGCUCUCUUCCCAGCCCACCUGAUCCUCCCUGCCGGCUUCUGGUUUCUUGCAGUCCCUUGAUCUCCUUCAGAGAAACCCAGGCGGGUCUGUCCUCCCAGAACCACCUGCACCAAGGGACCGCAGCUGGCAGUGAGGCCUCCACUUGCUGGGGAGGUCCGCCCUUAGUGCUGCCCCCGGUCAUACUUGGGACGUCUUCAGGGGAGUGUUGGCCUAUUGGAACACCCAGACCCAGCAGCCCAGUUAGCAUUGCCAUGUUUGUUUUCUCAGAUCCCUACUUCUUCUAGUUUGAGAAUUGACUAUCUGAAUGUUCUUUUUAAAAAAACAAAAAAGGAAAAAAAACCCACAAUGUAAUAUCUUCCCUUUGUGGGUCUGCUUUAGUUGGGUGCUGGGAUAGAUCAUCAUGGGCGAGGGCACUUCAGAGAGCUCAUGGGCCCAAUGGAAUGAGAAGAUGGUGAGGUUUUUCCCCAUGAAUUUUUUGAAGCCCCCUCGUAAGCAUGUUCUCCCGUUUCCUUCCCUUCCCAUUGUGAUCCGAACAGCCCACCUUUCUUCUAGCCAACCUCCCAUUUUCUCUGGCAGGCCUUUCCCCCUUCACGUUUGUAUCAGAGAUACUGCAAGUCUUGGUAUCUGAUAAUAUCUGUCACUCUUAUCUGAGGGUGACCUUUUAUUUUUAAGAUGACUACAGACCUAUUUUUAGAGAUGUUUCCAGUAUACUUUUGAACAGCAACUUUGUACUUAAACAGCUUCCAGUAUUGGGGAGGUGGGAAGUGACCAGGGAAGACCGGGGUUCCGAGUCCUUAUUCUGUGUCUCCCAGGCCCUGUGAGCUCUGUCCCCCUCCAGUUUGGGUGUGCAUGUUUAGAGAGAGUAGUGGGUGCUUUGUGAAACCGGCCCAUUUUGCCCUGCUGUGGGUUGUUGAUGAAAGGCCUCAUGCUCUUACCGGUUUUCUUUCUCGCUCCCCUUCAUCCCAUCCCACCCACCUGCGGAUAUUGAGUGGCACCAUAGUCACAGGGGAGGGACUCCACUUGAAGACUGGCUGGGGCACCUGUCCCUACUCAGAAGAUGGUGAAGUAUGUCCUGGGUAUUUCUGGCCUGAUUCGGUGUCCUGAACCCUCUCAUUAAGAGACCCCGUCCCAGGGUGAGAGUAAGCCAGCCCGCUGGCAAAGAAAGCAAGCCGUUGUCUUACCUUUAGAACACACUCUAGACAGAGCGAGGGAAGCCGGCUCAGGACCCUUGUGCUGUGUUCUGCUCCCAAAUGUGAAUCGUUCAGAGAUCGAAACGUUUUCUUUCUUUUUUUUUUUCUUUUUUAACAUUUUGUGAAGAUUGAUGUCUCUUAGGAAUAAGCUGAUGGAUCUUUAGUGUUUGGGGGAUGCCAAUCUGAUGAUCAUAAAAAGUAUUUUUGUUUGUUUGUUUAAUAUACCCCAGUUUUGGUUUCUAUUAAACUCCUAAUUUUGUGGACUCUUGGAAAA